AUACACCGAUAGUGUAUCAUCCGCUCGCUGUUUUCCGUUCAAUAAAAACUUGCACGCGCUAUCAUAUCGGCUGAAUGUGUUAAAUAAUUUAGUCGUGUGUGUGUUGAGUAGUGCGGCAUAUCGAGAGGCAAAACCACCAAUAUGGCAGAAUCUGGAAAAUCCACAGAAGGAAAAAGGAAUAUAAUGAUAGCUAUGGAUUGUAGUAAACACGCUAACUACGCGUUUAAAUGUUUUGUGGAGAACAUUUACCGAGAUGGGGACAAUGUGAUUAUGGCCCACUGCGUCGAACAUGGUGCCAACCUACCAACAACAAUGCUAAAGGCGGAUAAUGCAGACGAACUUGAAUCUCUAAUGAAAGAACAUGAACAAAAGUUGACGGAAACUUUCAAAAGUAUUGACGAGCUAGCCAACAGUCACAAUAUUAAACAUACGCUAGAGUGUAUAUAUGGUUCUCCUGGCGAGGCGCUAGUGAAAGCAGCGGAACAACAAAAUGUCGAUAUGAUAAUUGUAGGAAGUCGCGGUCACGGCACCAUUCGCCGAACAGUAAUGGGCUGCACGAGCGAUUACAUAGUACACCAUGCACAUGUUCCUGUAAUGGUGUGUAAACACGAAGAUGAACAUCAUAAACUGAAAUAAGUUAUCAUGUCUUGCAAAUUAUUGCAUUGCUAUAUUUAAAGUGGUGAUACAAUCUGUGAUGGCAGACGCUAUUAACAUUAAUUACAUGUACAUUAAUUAAACUUACGUUUGUAUUUUAUGUUAUCGUUUAGGAAAUGAGUCAGGAAUACCAGCAUUGUUAGAUGAUGAUCUGUAGAUUUAAAAUAAACAUUUACGAGAAAGCACACAUGAUAUUUAUUGAUCAAGAUGGUUAACAAUAUGAUUUUGUCACUUUUGAGUCACAAUCAAAUACAAAGUAUUACAUUAA